AUGGAACACCAAGGCGAAAUCGCUCGCGUCCUCGACUACUGGUUCCCCCCUCCGUCACUCGACAGCAAUCCAACAGAGAAAUGGUUCCGGCCGCCCAAUCCCGAAGUCGUCGACGCCGAGAUUCGCACCCAGUUCUCGUCCCUCAUUGAGCAGGCACGCAACGACUCUCUCGACUCCUGGUCCUCGACUCCGCUCGGCUCCCUCGCCCUGAUUGUCCUACUCGACCAGUUUCCCCGGAACAUAUACCGCGGCUCAGGCCUCUCUUACUCCUCGGACGCAAAGGCACUGGAUCUGGCCGUGAUGUCGAUCGCGCGUGAAUUCGACCGCUCGCCCGAAGUGACUGCCCUCAUGGCCAUGUUUUUCUACAUGCCGCUGAUGCACGCCGAGACCCUGGUCCACCAGGUCGCUGGAAUUUCUUUGUUCGAAAACCUGGCCGCUCGGUGCCUCGCGGGCUCUUCUUCCCCGUCGGCUUCGCUUCCCGUGUCUCCCGCAGCCGAGGAGGCGGCUAAGUUCGUGCAGGGUUCCUGCGAAUUUGCAAAGGCGCACCGCGACGUCAUUUUGCGGUUCGGGAGGUUCCCCAGUCGGAACGUGGCGCUGCGCAAGGAGAGCACACCUGAAGAAGUCGAGUUCUUGAGGCAGAAUCCCGGCGGGUUCGUGGUCUCCGGGGCACAGUCCAAGUUGAAUUCAAAGUCAAAGUAA